ACAGUGCAGAGGCUAUUGCCACAGAUAUAGAUGAAUAUGAUUACCUGUUAUCCACCUUAACCACUCUGUCCCGCUGGUUAGUGUCAGCGGUGCGAUCAGACCACAUUCCCAGCUGCUAACCCAGACCCAGGACCCAGACCUGAUGGAAACUCUCUUCUGGAAGAAAAUGGCCUCUCUUCUGUUGCCUGCAUUUUGCCUUUUGAGCGGAGCCGGGUGGAUAUCUGGAUGGGUGGUCCCUGAUUUUGGCAACAUCUACCACGUCUCAGGGGUUAUCGACCUGCCGUUCGCUGAAAUCCAGGAGCCCUUCGAAGCCUGGUACAACCUGACGGGAGAGAAGAGCCGGAUCCAGUACUACCAUGGGCAAGUGGUCACCUUCCAAUACGGGGCAGAGAUGCUGUUUGGUGCCCUCUACAAGAUCACCCCAGAGACCACCGAGCUGGAGCUGAACGUCCGGAAGUGCUUCCGGAUCAGCGGCAGCCCCAGGAAGCGCGUCUAUCCACAGAGCGUCCUCCCCAGGCUGGACGGCUUCAAGCCCGUGCGGGAGGAGUUCUACAAAGGGCAGCUCUGCACCGUGUGGGAGAACGUGUCCUACUGGGGCCGGAAGGAGAACGUCUACACCUUGUGGGUGGCCAGCUCCGCUGACGGCCCCGUGCCCGUCCACUACGAGAUGCAGGGCUUCAACAGCCUGCUAGGCUCCCACUACGACAAGUGCAAGAUAGACUACAGCGGCUUCACCCACAGCUACCCAGCCGGGGUCUUGGACCUCCCAAGCAACAUGGAGUGCGAGUUUCCUCCGGGAGACGGAGUGGAGCAUCAUAUCCUCGCCAACCCCAUGGGGGAUUUCGUGGGCAGGCAGGCGGAUCGAGGCCAUCAGCUGUUCCAUCACUACCGGCGGGAGUACAGGAAGGAGUACGGCAGCGAGAAGGAGCUCGAGCGCAGGGCACAGACCUUCAUUCACAACAUGAGGUACGUCCACUCCAAGAAUCGAGCCCACCUGCCCUACAAGCUGGCACUGAACCACCUGGCCGACCGCACCCCGGAGGAGUUGGCCGUGUUGCGGGGGAGGCUGCAGGACCAAACUCCCAACAAUGGGCAGCCGUUCCCACUGGCACAGUACGCUGGCAUCAUCCUGCCUGAGAACCUGGACUGGAGGCUGUACGGCGCGGUGACCCCAGUGAAGGACCAGGCUCUGUGCGGCUCCUGCUGGAGCUUUGCUGCUACAGGAGGAUUAGAAGGUGCCCUGUUCCUCAAGACCGGAGGCCUGACCCCCCUUUCUCAGCAAGCCCUGAUGGACUGCUCCUGGGGCUUCGGGAACUACGCCUGCGACGGCGGCCUCCCUUGGCAGGCCUUUAAAUGGGUCAGGAAGCACGGCGGCAUACCGAGCGCCAAGUCCUACGGGCCGUACAGGGGCCAGAACGGAUACUGCCACCUCAAGUCGUCUGAGCUCCUCGCCAACAUCACGGGCUACGUCAACGUCCCGGUCGGCGACGUCACCGCCCUGAGAGCCGCCAUCUUCAAGAACGGCCCUGUGGCCGUCAGCAUCGACGCCUCCGCCAAGUCGUUCAUAUUUUACUCCAACGGUGUCUACUAUGAACCCCGGUGUGUAAAGAAGGUGACCUGGGAUCUGCAGGUGAAGGUGGCUCCUUCUCCCCUGUGCAUGCUGAAAUAUAGACUUGCUAUGUCUCCAGCCCCAGGACCCUGUUUACUACUUACAUGUACACUGAGGGAAUGCCAGCAGCAGCUUGAACCACGCGGUGCUGGCCGUGGGCUACGGGGUCCUGCAAGGGGAGAGCUAUUGGCUCAUCAAAAACUCCUGGUCCACCUACUGGGGUAACGACGGCUACAUCCUCAUGUCCAUGCGGGACAACAACUGCGGGGUGGCGAUGGCUGCAACGUACCCCAUCCUGGCCUGAGCGCCAGCCGCUCCUGGGUCAGAGGGAAGCGAGCUGGCUUCGGGAUGCUGGUCCUUAGCAGCCUGCCGGGCCUGCGCUUUAUCUGUGCUUGGCUUGUGCUCUGGACGGGACCAAGCUAUGCGCUUUAGCGCCUGAUCCUGCAUGGCCUAGGCGCUUGCUCGUUCAUGCUGAGUGCCCUGAAAUCCCCGGGAAGCCAAAUGGAAGCUCAGGGCAACAAGGGCCUCCUGAGGCUGCAUCUGCAGGGUCAGCCCCUCUCGCUGGAGCGGAUUUCAGCCCAGCCCAGGUAGGCAGACCCAGGCGGAUUUUGAUCUAGCUAGACGCAGUCUCCGCUAGCCUUGAUCUAGCGAGAUCAAAGCUGGCUUGAGUAACAAGGCCAGUGUAGCCACUUAGUGCCAGGGGCCAGUCUCCUGAGUACCGCCCCCCCCCCCCGCCCAGUCUUGACUCCAGCAGCUAGCCUGUGAUGCCACCCACGCUGCUGCUGUUACUCAAGCUGGCUUUGAUCUAGCUAGAUCAAAGCCAGCUGGGCUCUGCCUACAGGUGUGGCAUGCUCACCUCCUGAUUGCAGCACCCACGUGCGAAGAGCCCUUUGUGGAACUUUGAGAAGCUUUAGGUGCGCAGCAUCCCCGGCACCGGAGAAGUCAGACCAGCUGCUGUGGGCGGGGGGAGCCCUAGCUCCGGCUGGGCACUGAAAGGAGGGGUUCUCUGUGUGGUGCUCCAGCCCCUCUUCCCCUCUCUCCCUGUAGCUGGCUCGCAGUCUGGUGAGUUACAGUAACUAGGGCAACUCCCAGGCCUGCAGCUGGCAAAGAGAAGUAGCUGAUGCGACUGAUUCUGGUCCUGUCAAUAAACUCGCUGGUAAAGGCACAAAGUA